AUGGAGGCGACCAUGUCUACGCGAAGUGAAAUCGAAGAAGCUAUUCAAUUGAUGCAGGAAAUGGGCAUUGGUCGUAAGCAAGCAGUAAAAGCACUCUCUCGAUACAACUACGAUGUCGGUCGAGCAGCAGACUACAUAUUCUCGGGAAACGCUGAAAGCGACGAGGAGGAGAGUGGCAGCAGCAGCAGCAGCAAUAGUAGACGUGGUGAUGAUUCGACGACGACACCUAUGCAACUCAAUCCGUGGGAGUACGAGGAUGAUAAGAAAUUGACUGAUUCAUCAGAAAACAUCAGCAUCGCACACUCUGACAAUCAACAACAGCAACAACAACAAGCUUAUCUUGUCAAGGAUUACGACAAAAAGAGACUUUCCGAUACGUUUACAAGCUAUGAUCCAGCCAUGUGGAGUAUUGUUCCUGCAAGUACAACGCCGCAGCAACAGGAUUCUUCAGCACCUUUAUUACCUCCAAGACAAUCAGUACAAUCAUCCGUCACUUGGUGGGUAGAUCCUUCUAAUCCAUCCGAACGUAUCGCCAAAGAUAACAUUUCGAUUGGCCUCCGACCACCUCCCUAUGAUUAUGCCUAUGUGCCUGUCAUCCUUCAAACCCUCUUCAGCAUCACAUUCUUUCAGGAUGCCGUGUUUGCUUUCAGACCCACGGCUGAUAGUUGGGGUUCAACAUUUGGAUAUUGGCGAGGAGAAGGCGAAGCAGUUCCCACUCUAUUAUCAUCUCACACCACCACAACAACAACAGCCAUUACACCUACACCUACACCUCCUCCACCAUCUUACUCGUCUACAUCCGAUACUGAAGAUCUUGGUGAUGAUGAUGACAUCCUCAAGGAACCAAUCGACGUUGCACAUACCCCUAUAUCUGACAGCGUACGAGCUCUGAUGGAAUUACAAAAGAUAUUCGCGUUCCUGAGAUACUCAAAACGACAAUAUGGAAAUGUGUGCAACUUUGUGAGGGCCAUGAAAACGAUGCAGACUGGAUACAAGUCAUGGGAUUCCUCUGAACCCACUGUGGAUGGCUUCUUCGAUACGUUGAUGGGAAUGUUUGCAAAGGCUGAUGAGCAUCGUGAACCCAAUUUACCCAAAGAAUCAUUGCAACGACUCUACAACUUAUUCUUACUCAAGGCGAAGGAUAAUUAUGGAAAUGAAGUGGAUGAACAAGAAUUGCUCUAUCUGAACCUGCGUUAUGAUGAGAAUGCAAGGAGGUUUCAUGAUUGUCUUGGUCCCAUGGUGUAUGAUUAUCAUUGUGAUACCGGCAGCAGUAAUAGCGUAUGCGAGCCGACAAACGACGAUACAAGCCAGCACACCCUAUCAUCUGCAGACGACAAUGACUGGCGAUUGACAACGUUUGAAAGAGUGCCGCCCAUUCUUAUCGUCAUUCUUGAGAACAACGUGGAGGAAUCGAAACGCGCAACCAACUACAUUGUUGACAAGACCAUUUAUCUCGACCGUUACAUGGAUGAGAACAAGAACGAGGCAUUAAAGCGUUAUCAGCAGGCAUAUCAAUGGAGACAAGAUAUUCGAAAAGCAAGGAUUGAAAUUGCCGAGAUGGGUAUAUCAAACUGCCAAUCCUCCUCCUCCUCUACGACCACUACCACCAUUGAUAAGCGUGAUAUCUUGACCAAGACGAUGGACUACUUUGGUGAUAAGAGUGACCCUGAUACGACUGCACCGAUCCAUGUAUUACAAAAGCUGCUUGCAAGUGUGAAACAAAGGAUCACCCAGCGAUUGGAAGAGCUUUAUGAUAUUGAACAGUCAUGCCAAGAACAACUCAAUACGCUCUUUGAGACGCCCGAUUUUCAAAAGAAGCCUUACGACAUUCGUGCACUGCUAUAUCAUGAUGGAGGAAAUGGACCUGGACAUUAUUGGGGAUAUAUAUGGAUGGAGCGAGCCAAUCUACGCCAUGAGGAGGAGAGUGAACAAGGACAAUGGUUUCAAUUUUGUGAUGCUAUUGUUACCCCUGUUACGGAAGAUGACGUUUUCAAUGAAUCAAUGGCACCCCUCGCAGUCAUUUACGCUGAUAGAGCCAUGGAUUCGCCUACCAGAGAAGACUUGGAGUAUCACGUCCCGGAUACAUUGAAGGAAUUCGUCUUGAAAGACAAUGAGCAGUUUGAAGAAUCGAUAAGAGAGUAUGAACAAGGCAACAGCACUGGCAACAGCAGCAAUACAUCGUACGAUGGUGAUGCUCAAGAAAUUUCAAUCCCGGAUAGCAAAUUUGCCUAUCGUGGUGGCGUAGUCGAGCCGAUCCAUGACCACCUACCAGAGAUGGACUAUCAACCCAUAUCUGAAGAUGACGAUGAUGAACUACGCAAAUACAUGAAUACACUUCUGGCAACAUCACAAACCUAUACACCCGAUGAUUAUCACAUUAUGAAAACUUUCGAGAGCUUUUUGGCCAAGAUUCAAGAUUAUCAGGCCCUGGAAACGUAUGUUUAUACCUAUGCUGACAGCCAUGUUGAUAAUGCGCCUACCUUUUUGGAGAAUGAAUCACGUCAAGAUCCAGUGCUAGUACCUCUUUGGGCUGAAUACGAUACCUUCCUCAAGAUUGCGCGAAUAGUGGUGAACGCUCUCGCUGCUUUUAUGAAUGCUGCUUAUCUCGACUCCCUGUCAUGGCUACUACGAGCUAAACGGGAAGAAGCGGCAUGGAAAGAGCAUUUGCUGCUGGAAACUGAUCUUAUCAACGGGCAAUCAAGGCUUCAAUCACUUGGCUUUGAGCGACUUGUAUACACCUACGGCAAAGCAUGUAUCAAGCAAUUGGAUGAGGCGGCAUACAAGAAAGCGUGUAGUGCGGCGUAUUGUACACGAGGACUCCAUGAGGCAACUAUGCUAGUGCACAAUGCACAGACCAUUAUUGGCCCAGAUCGACUUGUCACCGAUGAGCUCUUCAAUGAUAUGCGUGAACGAUGGCUCAAGUUUGGGGAGACAGCAAGUCUUACUUUGCAACAAAACCAGGCUGAUCUCUUGAACACGUUGAUCAUGGCGUUCUUGGAACCAGAAUACCAACAUGCUGCUGCUGAGGAUGGAUUAUUAGCGACAUCACUUGAUACAGAACAUUCAUUCGAUGGUCCUUUAUGGAGCGAAUACAAGCGAUUAUGUGAAGAAGCCAAGAAUACUGUAUGA